GCGUGAUUUGAUUUUUUUGUGAUUUUCUAUACACAUCCGUACGCUAGGUGCUGCGGUAGUUGUGGCCCGGAGACGACGGCGGGAUGGAGGCGGGGCGGGGCGGGGCGAGGUGGAGGAUUGGGCGGCGAGGAGGCCGACUCGGCCGGGCUGGACGUGCGGACCGGCGGAGGCUGCGGCGCUUGGACGAUAUUCGCCGUAUCGAAUGAUUUCUGGGGAGCCAAUGGGAGGGCGCGCAACGAACAUUUCUACCUUCCCGAAUUGCUGGCGACGCCGUUGGUUGCGCAGAACCGGACUCGAGUACUUACGAGACGUCGUCUGUUCGCUUUGGUCUCCCCUGUUCACCGCCCGACGACGACGACAGCAGCCAUGGCGUCCCUCUUCAAGGACCACGAGUCGAUGAAGGCGGCCAUGCCGUCCUACACCGGCGGCCCAUCCCACCGCACCCCCACCGUCCCCUUCCUGUCUUCGUCGUCCGAGGCUGUGACAUGGCUUUACACCACCGCGGCCGUCGUCCUGACACUACUCGCUCUCGAGCAGUCGGUUUACCGCUACAAGAAGCGCCACCUGCCCGGUGAUCGCUGGACAAUCCCCGUCAUUGGCAAGUUCGCGGAUUCCCUGAAGCCCACCAUGGAAGGAUACAUGAAGCAGUGGAACUCCGGUGCCCUCAGCGCGCUCAGCGUGUUCAACAUCUUCAUUGUCAUGGCCUCGACCAACGAGUUCUCGCGGAAGAUCCUCAACUCGCCCACCCAUGCCGAGCCCUGCCUCGUCCACUCCGCGAAGCAGAUCCUGCGGCCGGAUAACUGGGUCUUCCUUACCGGAAAGGUGCACGUCGAGUACCGGAGGGUGCUGAACGGCCUGUUCACGCGCAAGGCUCUGGGCGUGUACGUGGGGAUCCAGGACUCGAUCACGCGCAAGUACUUCAAGCAAUGGCUCGAGGAGGCCGCCGCGGACCCCUCGCCCAAGCCGAUCAUGAUGCCCGCGCGCGACCUCAACAUGGAGACCUCGCUCCGCGUCUUCUGCGGCCCCCACAUCCCCGACCACGCCGCGAGGGAGAUCGCAGAGAAGUACUGGAUGAUCACCGUCGCGCUCGAGCUCGUCAACUUCCCGCUCGCGAUCCCCGGCACCAAGGUCUACCGCGCGAUCCAGGCCCGCAAGAUCGCGCUGCGCUGGCUCGAGUACGCGGCCGCGGAGAGCAAGAAGGCCAUGGCGGCCGGCGCCGAACCGCAGUGCAUGAUCGACCAGUGGGUGCUCGACCUCGCGGACCCGGAGUACAAGGGCCGCCGCGACUUCAGCAACCUCGAGAUGGCGAUGGUCGUGUUCUCCUUCCUGUUCGCGAGCCAGGAUGCCAUGAGCAGCGGCCUGAUCUACGGCUUCCAGCACCUGGCGGACCACCCGGAGGUGCUCGCGAAAGUGCGCGAGGAGCAGGAGCGCGUGCGUCAGGGCAACUACGAGAAGCCGAUCACGCUCGAGAUGAUCGAGAACAUGCCGUACCUCCGUGCGGUCGUGAGGGAGAGCCUGCGCGUGAAGCCGCCCGUGACGAUGGUGCCGUACAAGACGACGAAGGCGUUCCCGAUCUCGGCCGACUACACCGUCCCCGCGAACAGCAUGCUCAUCCCAUCGUUCUACAACUCGCUCCACGACCCCGAGGUGUUCCCUGAGCCCGACCAGUUCCUGCCCGAGCGCUGGCUUGACCCCAACAGCAGCGCGAACCAGAACCCGCGGAAUUACCUCGUAUUCGGGAGCGGCCCGCACAAGUGCAUUGGGCUUGAGUACGCUAUGAUGAACAUGGGUAUCGUCCUCGCGGAUGCCGCUGUUCUCAUGGACUUCGAGCAUGUCCUCACUGAGAAGAGCGACAAAGUCCAGAUCAUCGCGACCCUGUUCCCCCAGGAUGGUUGCCUCCUAAAACUCUCGCCUCGUCAUCAUUGAGACUAGAGACUCUCGCGGAUGGUUGUCAUACUUACAUUCUUCUUAUUUAGCAAUUCCCUUCGUUUUGUGGUUCCGCAUAGGGUCAUGGCCAAUACCCCUACCCUACGUUUAGCAGCAGUCGCCAAAU